AGAAUAAGCCAUGUACCGAUUUGGAAAGUGGAGAGGAAAAGAAAAAUAUUAUCAAUAACUCUGCAUCUCCAUUAGAAAUACUUUUGCAGUCUUUCUGCAAACUUGGUCUGAUUAUGGCUUAUUUCUACAUGUGCGACCGUGCAAAUCUGUUUAUGAAGGAAAACAAGUUUUACACACAUUCAUCUUUCUUUAUUCCAAUUAUCUACAUCUUGGUUUUGGGAGUAUUUUACAAUGAAAAUACUAAAGAGACUAAAGUAUUAAAUAGAGAACAAACAGAUGAAUGGAAGGGCUGGAUGCAACUUGUGAUUUUGAUUUAUCAUAUCUCUGGAGCAAGUACUUUUUUGCCUGUGUACAUGCAUAUUCGAGUUCUGGUUGCUGCAUAUCUGUUUCAGACAGGGUAUGGGCAUUUCUCAUACUUCUGGAUCAAAGGAGACUUUGGAAUCCAUAGAGUAUGUCAGGUCUUAUUUCGUCUCAAUUUCCUAGUAGUGGUGUUAUGUAUAGUAAUGGAUCGACCUUAUCAAUUCUAUUACUUUGUUCCCUUGGUCACUGUAUGGUUCAUGGUCAUAUAUGUUACUUUAGCACUGUGGCCACAAAUAAUCCAAAAGAGAGCAAACGGAAAUUGUUUCUGGCAUUUUGGCUUGCUGUUGAAACUAGCCUUUUUACUGUUAUGCAUAUGUUUUUUGGCAUAUUCUCAGGUAGUCUUCCAUGGAAUGCUAUUUGCUUUCAUUUAUUUGGCUUUACAGAAGCGUCAAGUACUUUCUGAAGGAAAGGGUGAACCUCUUUUUUCAAACAAAAUUUCAAACAUUCUAUUGUUUAUUUCAGUAGUUUCUUUCUUGACCUAUUCCAUCUGGGCUAGCAGUUGUAAAAAUAAAGCAGAGUGCAAUGAGCUCCACCCAUCUGUUUCUGUGGUACAGAUUUUAGCCUUCAUCUUAAUAAGGAAUAUCCCUGGAUAUGCCCGUUCAGUUUACAGUUCAUUUUUUGCUUGGUUUGGAAAAAUUUCAUUAGAGCUGUUUAUUUGUCAGUAUCACAUAUGGCUGGCAGCUGACACAAGGGGUAUUUUGGUACUCAUACCCGGAAACCCUAUGCUCAACAUCAUUGUCAGCACUUUCAUCUUCGUUUGUGUGGCACAUGAAAUUUCUCAGAUCACUAACGAUCUUGCACAUAUUAUUAUUCCUAAAGAUAACUCAUCUCUCUUGAAAAGGUUGGCAUGUAUAGCUGCAUUUUUUUGUGGACUACUCAUCUUAUCGUCCAUUCAAGAUAAAUCAAGACAUUAGGUUCCUAAAAUCCCAAAAAACUUAAACUCUUCAGGCUUACUUUGUGUCUGCCUGGAGGAGAAAAGGAUCUAUCUGGAAAUAUAAUUGUCUCUGUAAAUAUAAACGUGGCAAAAGGACAGUGUAGUGAUGUCUGUUGAACAGUGUGGUUGUAUAUAUUGGCAAUGUACAUAUCUGAUGUGAAAUACUAAGAAAAAAUUGAUGAACCAGAAUGCGACAUAGGAUUGCAUGUGAAAAGUCUUUUCUACUGGAUCUAUAUUUCCAUUUAUAAAUGAUUUUAAGUUAACAUAUGAAGUCAGGGAAAUGAUUAGCUUUCCAGUACAAAGUAUAGAUAAUUUAAUUAGCCUAGUGACACCACUGUUUUGAUAUUUACUAAAUUUGUGGUAAUAAGAUUGUCUGUGCCUGUCUUCAGUGUGGAACUUCCUACUUCAUUGAAAACUUUUUUACUCCAGAAUGACUUGCAGUGUUGUGUUCUUAUGUGCAAUGACAUGGAAUGAUGAACAGUAUGCCUUUAAUUUAUAUGUAUUCAUGUUCUGGUUGUUCAUGUUUGCUGACAUGAUUUUUGUCCUGACUGUGGUUUUCA